AUUAAGUCUUAAGAUAUUGUGGGUCUCCCAUCUCUCUUUCUCUGUACUCUUCAUUUUGUUAUUCCAUAUUAAAGACGAAGAAAAAUGGACACUCUCUUUACAUUAGUUAGUCUCCAACAACAACAAUCCGAUAGUAUCAUUACAAAUAAAUCGUCGCAAAGCAGAACCUCUACCACCACUACUGGCUCUCCACAAAUAGCUGAUCACUACAACUUCCCACAAAGCGACGUCGUCGAAGAAUGCUUAAACUUUUUCAUGGAUGAAGAAGACCUUUCCUCUUCUAAUUCAUCUCAACACAACCAUCACCACAACAACAAUCCUAGUAACUACUACUCUCCCUUCACUACUCCCACCCAAUACCAUCCCGCCACAUCACCAACUCCUUCCUCCACCGCCGCCGCCGUAGCAGCCUCCGCUUCCUUGGCCUCACCUUACUCAUCCGGCCACCACCCUGACCCUUCCGAUUUCUCCAUCUCUCAAACUCCUCCUUCCUUCGACUUCUCAGCCAAUGCCAAGUGGGCCGACUCCAUCCUCCUCGAAGCAGCACGUGCCUUCUCCGACAAAGACACCACACGUGCCCAACAAAUCCUCUGGACACUCAACGAGAUCUCUUCACCAUACGGAGACACCGAGCAGAAACUCUCUUCUUACUUCCUCCAAGCUCUCGUCAACCGCAUGACCGGUUCAGGCGAACGAUGUUACCGCACAAUGGUAACCGCCGCAGCAACGGAGAAGACAUGCUCCUUCGAACAAACGCGCAAGACCAUGCUCAAGUUCCAAGAAGUAAGCCCGUGGGCCACGUUCGGACAUGUGGCGGCAAACGGAGCGAUCUUGGAAGCAGUAGACGGAGAGGCAAAGAUCCACAUCGUUGACAUAAGCUCGACGUUUUGCACUCAGUGGCCAACUCUUCUAGAAGCCUUAGCCACAAGAUCAGACGACACGCCACACCUAAGACUAACCACAAUAGUUGUCGCUAAUAAAUACGUCAACGACCAAACGGCAUCGCAUCGUGUGAUGAAAGAGAUAGGACACCGAAUGGAGAAGUUUGCUAGGCUAAUGGGAGUUCCUUUUACAUUCAAUAUUAUUCAUCACGCCGGAGAUUUAUCUGAGUUUGAUCCCAACAAGCUCGAUAUCAAAUCAGACGAGGUCUUGGCCGUCAACUGUGUAGGUGCCAUGCAUGGGAUUGUGCCUCGAGGAAACCCUAGAGACGCUCUGAUAUCUAAAUUCCGAAGGUUAAGGCCGAGGAUAAUGACCAUCGUCGAAGAAGAAGCUGAUCUUGUCGGAGAAGAAGGCUUUGAUGAUGAGUUCUUGAGAUUGUUUGGAGAAAGCCUACGUUGGUUUAGGGUUUGCUUUGGGUCGUUGGAAGAGAGUUUUCCGAGGACGAGCACUGAGAGGUUGACGCUAGAGCGUGCGGCGGGACGUGCGAUCGUUGACGUGGUAGCUUGUGAGCCGUCGGAUUCGACGGAGAGGAGAGAGACGGCGAGGAAGUGGUCGAUGAGGAUGAGGAAUGGAGGGUUUGAUGCGGUGGGGUAUAGUGAUGAGGUGGCUGAUGACGUCAAAGCUUUGUUGAGGAGGUAUAAGGAAGGAGUUUGGUCGAUGGUACAGUGCUCUGAUUCUGCCGGAAUAUUUCUUUGUUGGAGAGAUCAGCCGGUGGUUUGGGCUAGUGCGUGGCGGCCAACGUAAAUGACUGAUUCUUUUUUAUAUAUAUUCGCACGUGUGGUGAUGGUUGAUGAUGGAUUUUGAGAUUAAUAGUUACUGUAUGGUGAUAAUGCGUUCAUAAUUUGAACUUUUGCUUUUGGAAUAGACUGAUUAAAUUGUGAUCAUUGAAGAGGAGGGUGUCAAGGGUUUAUAAAUUCGUGGUUAUUAGUGUU